AUGAUCACGUUCGUGGACAGCUUCUCGCGGUGGAUGAAGCUGUACGGGAUGAGGCGCAAGUCGGACACCCUCGCCUUCGUCAAGAAGUUCCUCGCCGACAUGAGUGGCACCGGUGUCCCUCGCUCUUUCCGGAUGGACAACGGGGGGGAGUUCAUCGGACGCGACUUCAUCGCCUUCUGUGACAACGCCGGCAUCCGCCGUACGUACACGGCGCCGGGCACCCCGCAGCAGAAUGGUCCGGCGGAGAGUGCGAUCUGGCGCGUGAACAAGGCCGGCCACGCCGCUCGUCUCGAGGCACGCCGCCUGUUCCCCAAGAUCGACUUCACCCGCGUCCCCGGCUUUGGACGCGAUGGCGAGCGACUUUGGCGAGAGUCGUGUCACUGGGCUGCCGGCGGCUUCAACCGUUCUCCGACCAAGGCAAACGUCGGGUACAAGUCGCCGCACGAGCUCUUCACCGGCCGCCCGCCCCCGAUCCAGAUCCUCUCGUUCUUUCAGCCGGGGUACAUGCGUGUGAUGCGCGCGCGGAAGAUGCAUCCCCAGGCAGUGCUGUGCUGCUACCUCGACAACGGCGACAACCAUCACGAGUCGGUGGUCAAGGUCCUCAAGUUUGCGACGGGGCGCGUGUGCAUGACGAACAACGUCGUGUGGGUCUCCGACCGUGCGCCGUUGCUGACCCCGCCGCUGGAGAUGCCGGCGCCGGCGGGCGACGGGGGGAUUCGGAUGUCGCCGCCGCACCGUUUAUAA